CAAAUUUCGCCGAAGACAGCUUAUAAGUGCCAAAGCGUUCUUUGGAUAUCACAAUCGAAAGGUUUCGAUCAUUUUUAAAGCAAUUGCGGAAAUCUCGUGACUGAGAGUAAUAUAGGUCAAAACGGUCGCAUAACAAACCUCUCGUUUACCGACCGAAGCAUUAGAAUCCGUCUCUCAAAUGGAUCUAGGCUGCCGCGUUGUCCGAGGUCCCGACUGGGAGUGGGAAGAUCAAGAUGGUGGCGAAGGUUGUAUAGGCAUCGUGGUUCAKGGGGGUGAAGAGACUGCAGAGGGUACGGUAUGGGUCCAGUGGGAAGCUGGAAGAUUGGCAAACUAUCGAGCCGGAUUUGAUGACAAAAAGGAUUUGAGAGUGUAUGACAGUAGCGGAAAAGGAGUGAUUCACACACACGUCAUGUGCGAUGGAUGCAAUCAGAACCCCCUUCUGGGCAUGCGCUGGAAGUGUCUGAAGUGCGACGACUUUGAUCUAUGUACAAAUUGUUACAUGGCUGAUACUCACGACUUGGAGUGUGAAUUUAUAAGAAUUGAUGAAUCACGAGGACAAGGAAUUCCAGUGGGUAAGCGAGAAGGAGCUGUCAAAACCCCAGCAACUGGUAUGUUCAGCGGAGCUCGAGUUUCCCGUGGUCCAGACUGGAAAUGGGGGGAACAAGAUGGCGGCAAAGGAGGAGAAGGAACUGUAAUUGCUUUGCGCGAAUGGAAGAAAGAAACGAUGAAAAAUGGUGUUGCAGUUCGAUGGGAUCGUACCAAGAACGAAAACGUAUAUAGAAAUGGCGCCGACGGCAAGCUUGACCUAACCGUGAUAACCCCAGAGUCUGGUGGAUUCUAUUACAAAGAACACUUACCAGGCCUGGUAGCUCGUUCCAAGAAAACGGUCAGUGGUUUUACAACAGGGGAUAGAGUCCGCAUAGUUGUAUCAAUGGACGAACUUAUCAAAAUGGCCGAAGGUCAUGGAGGAUGGAAUGCAAACAUGGAAGAGUGCAUUGCAAAAGUUGGCGUUGUGUACGAUUUUACAAAAUCAGGUGACGUCAUAGUUAGCUACGACGGUGUAAAAUGGCGGUUGACGCCUUCAGCUAUCGCACAGAUUCCCAAGUAUAAAGCAGGAGACAAAGUCUUAGUGAGCAGCGACAAGAAGUUCGUAAUGGCGAUGCAAGAAGGACAUGGUGGUUGGAAUGACAAGAUGAAAACGAUACUGGGAAUGAUAGGUACUAUCAAGGUUGUACACGAAGAGGACGGGGAUGUCGUAAUGUCAGUUGAGGGUAACAUUUGGCUUGUUAAUCCAGCAAUUCUAACUCUUCACGAAGCCGCCAAGGAUGAUAGUGAUGAUGAAAACACGAGCAAUCCAAUCGAAAGCUUCCUCAAACAACAAGUUCAACUUCAAAAAAUGCUGUCCCAGAUGUUUAUGCCAGAUCAAAAUGGUUCUGAUAACGAAGAGGACACUAGUCAAGAAGGAAAAGCUUUAGUGAAUGCAGCAUCUAAUGGUCAUUUAUCGCGCGCAAAACGAAUACUCAACGCACAUCCUGAACUGGUGAACUACAAAAUCAUGGGGAAAACAAGUCUCCAUCUCGCCUGCCAUAGUGGGCACAGCGAUAUCAUCAAGCUUCUCCUGGAAACACCAAACUGUGACACGAACAUCAAGGAUUCGCAAGGCUACGUAGCUAUUCAUCAUGCGGCUUAUGGAGAUAAAUCUGGUGAAGCCCUCAAAGUCAUGUUAGCGCAUGAUGAAGACCCCAAUACCGCUGACAACGACCAAAAGAGUACGCCGUUGCACCUUGCUGUAAAAGAAACCAACGUGAAUGCUGUUAGAUGUCUGGUGCAGAGCGAAAAGUGCGACGUCAACUUGCAGGAUGCAGUUGGCGACACCCCUCUGCAUGACGCAAUACAGCUACGAAGUAACGCAAUCGUCGACCUGAUUUUAGACGCUCCUCGCCUCAACCUCACUUUGAAGAACCAAAAGGGUUUCAAUUGUUUGCAAAUCUCUGCAUUUCGAGGAAACUCUUACGCAGCGAGAAAGCUUCUUUCCAGGUCUCCAGAGUUGUUGAAUGUAGCAAAAGAAGACGGUUUUACUUCCCUUCACUUGGCUGCUGUGAAYGAUCAUUGYGACAUAGCUGAAGCGCUACUGGAACACCCCGACUGCAAAGUCGACGCUCUCACUAAAAGCUACCAGACUCCCCUAAUGCUUGCAGUACACGAAGGAUACUUAACAAUGGUCCAGAUACUAGAACAGAAAGGAGCGAACGUUAACCAAACAGACGAGGAUGGUGACACWCCUCUACACAUGUCACUGAUGAGAGAGAAAUUCACCUCCUCGGGRAUGGGAAUGAUGUUAAGUAUUCUUGGCAACAGUCCUGGGUCUUUUGUUGACAUUUCUCGCUAUUUGAUAUCCCAUGGAGCGGAUGUUCGUAAGCCAAACAGAAUGGGCAAGACACCGAUGGACUAUGGUGAAGGAUCAAAGUUACAAGAAGAACUCAAGGAAGCGUACUCAAAAACAAAAACUGAAGAAGAAGACGAAAAACCUCCUAUGAAAAUCGUGAACGAGUUUGGAACCGUCAAAACUGAUCAACCAAUGGUGACAGACGACGACCAAAACUCCUCACUACCUGACGAUGAACUGGUGAAUGUCACUCAAGGAAGCGAAUCUGAUGGAAUAUCGCAAAACAACUCACMCAAACAUAUUGGGAUUAAAGCAGUGCAUCAACAGACCGAAGAGAAUUUUCAAAAUGGCGAGGCUGACACCCCCAUAAUAAAAAAGAAACGGACAGACGACGAGGACAGCGAGUGUUUGAUUUGUGUCGAUGGUGAAGCUCACGUUAUCUUUGAGCCUUGUGGACAUUGUAUUAUGUGUGAAG